UGGCAGGGCUUCCAUCCUGGAGCUGGCGGGUUAGGCUGUGAGUUCCAGACAGGGAGAAGACAAUUCUGGGGGAAGUCGGGGUGUCUUCAGGCUGGGCUGUGGACUUAGCCGCCCCGGCUCACGGAAGGAGCCGUGGCCCGCAAAGAAUAGGAAAAAGCGCCCGGGGCGACUGGAAAAUGCCUGUCCAUUCCCGUGGGGAUAAGAAAGAGACGAACCAUCAGGAUGAAAUGGAGGUGGACUACGCUGAGAAUGAGGGAAGCACCUCGGAGGACGAGGACACUGAGAGCUCGUCAGUCUCAGAGGAUGGGGACAGCUCAGAAAUGGAUGAUGAAGACUGUGAAAGAAGAAGAAUGGAGUGCUUAGAUGAAAUGUCAAAUCUUGAAAAACAGUUUACAGACCUCAAAGAUCAGCUUUAUAAAGAACGAUUAAGUCAAGUGGAUGCAAAGCUACAAGAAGUUAUAGCUGGGAAGGCACCAGAAUAUUUGGAACCACUGGCAACUUUGCAAGAAAAUAUGCAAAUCCGAACGAAAGUAGCAGGAAUCUAUAGAGAACUCUGCUUAGAAUCUGUAAAGAACAAAUAUGAAUGUGAAAUCCAAGCUUCUCGUCAGCACUGUGAGAGUGAAAAGCUCUUGUUAUAUGAUACUGUACAGAGUGAACUAGAAGAGAAAAUCAGAAGGCUUGAAGAAGAUAGGCACAGCAUUGACAUUACAUCAGAACUGUGGAAUGAUGAACUUCAGUCAAGGAAGAAAAGAAAGGAUCCCUUCAGUCCAGAUAAAAAGAAGCCAGUUGUUGUAUCAGGUCCCUAUAUAGUCUAUAUGUUACAAGAUCUAGAUAUUCUUGAAGAUUGGACAACCAUUAGAAAGGCAAUGGCUACACUUGGUCCACACAGAGUAAAACCAGAACUUUUUCAACUGAUCCCUUUAGCACCUGUGAAAUUGGAAAAACACCUGCACAGUGCUAAGUCUGAAGAGGGACGACUAUAUUAUGAUGGUGAAUGGUAUAUACGUGGACAAACAAUAUGUAUUGAUAAGAAAGAUGAAUGCCCUACAAGUGCCAUAAUUACAACAAUUAACCAUGAUGAAGUUUGGUUUAAGAGAUCUGAUGGAAGCAAAUCUAAACUUUAUAUUUCUCAGCUACAGAAAGGAAAAUAUUCAAUAAAACAUUCAUAA